UCAAUGGAAUUUCUCUCCUUUUCAGACAACAACAUAUAACAGUUGUCUUCUCAAACGUGCUCUCACGACGCUGCUCCUCUUGCCGCCGGCCCCACCACCACCACUACUCCUCCAUUUCCCUCACCAUUCAACACCCUUCUUCCCAGUUUCUGGUCACCGCAACAAUGUGUAGGUGGAUGAAGACCAACUCAAACAUGCUUCUAUGGUUUCCCAUUGUGGUUCUCACCUUGUUCCUUGCAACGGUGCAGUGCCAGCCAACGAAUGACUAUGAUGAAAUCGACAACCCUGCUGUUCUUCCUCUCAUUACUCAGCUUGUGUAUAGCCGACUUUCCAAUUUGACUUCACUUCUCAGUCAAGAAAUUGGCACACAGUCAACUUUCUGUGUCAAAGAUCCGGAUUCAGAUUGGAAUCAAGCAUUUAAUUUUUCUUCUGAUUUGGGCUUCCUAACUUCUUGCAUUAAGAAGACUCAAGGAGAUAUUACGAAACGCUUGUGUACAGCAGCAGAAGUGAAGUUUUACUUAAAUGGUUUAUUGGAGAGUUCUACAAGUGCCAAUUAUUUAAAGCCUAACAAGAACUGCAAUUUAACCUCAUGGGUCUCUGGCUGCGAGCCAGGAUGGGCCUGUAGUGUUCCCUCGAGCGAGAAGACUGACCUUAGAAAUUCGAAGGAGAUACCUGCAAGAACUUCAAACUGUCAAGCAUGUUGUGAAGGUUUCUUUUGUCCUCACGGCAUCACAUGCAUGAUACCAUGUCCUCUAGGUUCUUAUUGCCCUCUUGCUACACUCAAUAAAACAACUGGCAUAUGUGAACCAUAUCUUUAUCAACUGCCCACAAUGAAGCCAAACCAUACUUGUGGGGGAGCAAAUGUGUGGGCUGACGUCAGUCGCAGUAAUGAAAUAUUUUGCUCAGCAGGAUCGCAUUGUCCAACAACUACCAAAAGAAUUCCUUGCAGUAGUGGGCAUUACUGCAGGAUGGGAUCCACAUCUGAGAAAAGUUGCUUCAAGUUGAGUUCAUGUAAUUCAAGCACUGCAACCCAAAAUAUGCAAGCAUAUGGAAUUAUGCUCAUUGCUGCUUUGAGUACUUUGCUACUCAUUAUUUACAACUGUUCUGACCAAGUUCUCACUACUAGGGAAAGGAGAAUGGCCAAAUCUAGGGAAGCUGCAGCUAGAAAUGCAAGGAAGACUGCCAAUGCACGGCAAAAAUGGAAAUUUGCAAAAGAUGCUGCUAAGAAGGGUGCAAGUGGGCUGCAAGCUCAACUAUCACGCACAUUCUCUCGUAAGAAGGAUACUUCAGAUCCAGAAAAAUUUCGAAUUUUGAAUCAAUCAGCUUCUGGAACAGAUGUUGAAUUAUUGCCACACUCACAACCUAUCACUUCAAGCACGGUUGCAAGUCCAUCUGUGGUGACGAAGGAAGAGGGCGAAAAAACAAGUGAUCUAAUGCACAUAAUACAUGAAAUUGAAAAUGACCCAGAUAUUCAUGACAACCUUACUACAGAAACAGGAACUAGAGUUAACAUUGUUGCAGGAAGUGUGUCAAAGGAAAAACAACCACAUAGUCAUAGCCAAAUGUUUAAGUAUGCUUAUGCUCAACUUGAAAAAGAGAAGGCUCAGCAAGAAGAAAAUAAGAACCUUACCUUCUCAGGAGUACUCAAAAUGGCAACAAGCACUGAGAAAAGGAAAAGACCUUUUAUUGAGAUUUAUUUUGAAGAUCUGACUCUCACAUUGAAAGCUCAAAACAAACAUAUAUUGAGAAAUGUUACUGGAAAAAUCAAACCUGGCCGCAUUACUGCUGUCAUGGGUCCAUCAGGGGCUGGCAAGACAACAUUGCUUUCAGCUCUAGCUGGAAAGGCAUUUGGAUGCCUGGUUACUGGUUCAAUUCUUAUAAAUGGAAGGAAUGAAUCAAUUCAAUCCUAUAAGAAAAUUAUUGGCUUUGUGCCACAAGAUGAUGUAGUUCAUGGAAAUCUGACAGUGGAAGAGAAUCUCUGGUUCAGUGCACAGUGCAGGCUGCCAGCUAACAUGUCAAAACCAGAAAAAGUUCUGGUUGUUGAAAGGGUUAUUGAAUUCUUGGGACUGCAAUCUGUGCGGAAUUCUGUGGUUGGAACUGUGGAAAAGAGAGGGGUCUCUGGAGGCCAAAGGAAGCGUGUAAAUGUUGGAUUGGAGAUGGUUAUGGAACCUUCUCUUUUGAUCUUGGAUGAACCCACAUCUGGCUUGGACAGUGCAUCAUCUCAGCUACUGCUAAGGGCACUAAGACGGGAAGCUCUUGAGGGAGUGAACAUAUGCAUGGUGGUUCACCAACCUAGCUAUGCUUUGUUCCAGAUGUUUGAUGACUUAAUACUUCUGGCUAAAGGUGGCCUUACAGUCUAUCAUGGACCUGCCAAGAGAGUUGAAGAAUACUUUUCAGGCCUGGGAAUCAAUGUUCCAGACCGAAUUAAUCCUCCAGAUUACUUCAUUGACAUUUUGGAGGGCAUAGCAGUACCUGGUGGAAGCCCAGGGCUCAGUUAUCGAGAGCUGCCUGUUAGAUGGAUGCUUCAUAAUGGAUAUCCGGUACCUCUUGAUAUGAGGCAGAAUGCAGCACAAGUUGAUAUGUCCCAUAGUGUAAAUUCAGAUUAUGAAAUAGAUCCCAAUGCAUCUGGUCGUGCGAAAAAAACCUUCACUGGAGAAUUAUGGCAAGAUGUGAGAAACAAUGUGGAACUGCAGGGGGAGAAGAUAAGACUCAAUUUUUUGAAAUCCAAGGAUUUAUCUAACCGGGAAACUCCAGGUUUAUUCAAGCAAUAUAAGUACUUUCUUAUACGGGUUGGCAAGCAGCGAUUGCGGGAAGCUAGGAUCCAAGCCAUAGAUUAUAUUAUUUUGUUACUUGCUGGAGCCUGCUUAGGAUCACUUACCAAAGCGAGUGAUCAAACGUUUGGUGCAGUCGGGUUCACCUAUACGGUGAUUGCUGUGUCUCUUCUGUGCAAAAUAGCGGCUUUGAGAUCAUUUUCUCUGGAUAAAUUGCACUACUGGAGGGAAAGUGAUUCUGGCAUGAGCAGCUUGGCUUAUUUCCUAUCCAAAGACACAAUUGAUCAUUUUAAUACUGUGAUCAAGCCUAUGGUGUACCUCUCUAUGUUCUAUUUCUUCACCAAUCCACGAUCUACUUUUGCAGAUAAUUAUGUUGUGUUGCUUUGUCUUGUGUACUGUGUGACUGGCAUAGCAUAUGCAUUGUCCAUAUUUUUUGAACCAGGCGCCGCCCAGCUGUGGUCAGUACUCCUUCCAGUUGUUUUGACCCUCAUUGCAACACAAACGAAAGAUAGUAAAUUUUUGAAGGAUAUAGCUAACUUGUGCUACUCGAAGUGGGCUUUACAAGCAUUCGUCAUUGCAAAUGCUGAAAGGUAUCAAGGAGUGUGGCUUAUAAGUCGUUGUGGUUCACUUCUAAAAAAUGGCUAUAAUCUUCAUAAUUGGAGUCAGUGCAUAUCCAUCCUCAUUCUCAUGGGUGUAAUUGGCCGGGUAAUAGCAUUUUUUUGUAUGGUCACCUUCCAAAAGAAGUAGGGCCAAGCUUCUAAUCUACCAAAGUUCACGUAUCACCAAAAAUAUAGAGGGUAGUAUCACCAAAAUUAUUAGGAACUGCAUUAGGAUUCUCGUGAUUUCAAGAAUAUAUCUGGUUAAUUUUUGGGGCUUGAUAGUGUCUACAGCUAGUGUUUAUGUUUUGUUUGCUAGUAAUGUACUUAAUACAUUUUUUAAAAAUAUUACUAAUACAAGUAUAACAUAGCAAGAGUUUUUUUUUAUAA